AUGAACGCUCGUUUUAGACAAAUUCCUUCACAAACGGCCGCAAUGAAUGGAAAGAACAACUCCUGUUCUCUGUGCUACGGGUUCAUAUUCAAUCUAUUGGUUGCCCUGUGCACCAUUGGCUUCUUGUGCUAUUUUUUGUACCGUUUCGACGCAAGGUUGGUCUCGCUGGAACGAAAAUUAUGGAACAAGGAACAUGGCGAUGGCAGUUUAAGUAAAAAGGAGAAAAUAGGGAGUUAUGGCCAAGCACGUCAUCACAACCAGGCCAUCCUUAUGCGAAAAGCAAGGACCGGCGGCAAGGUACGUCUUUCGGAAGCAAAACAGCUGAAAAAGUUGAUUAUUGAAGAACAAUCAAGGACGUGA